AUGGGUAUACGGGAUAACUUCUCGACAAACACGGAUUCUAACACCAGCCUUAACCUGAUGGAUCCCUGCUACCAAGAGUUCGAUAGGAUGGAUUUCAUCUCCGAUGACUUCUUCGAGAUGGACUUUACCUCGGUGCGCAACCGCACGAACUGUAGCGGUACCUUGCACACUUGGACGCACUCGGGCAAGCCUCUGUUCAUCCAGGUGUUCGGGGAAACCAUGUACGCCUGGCUCACCCCUGUUAUCCUUAUCAUUGGUAUCUUAGGUAACUCCCUGUCUCUCAGCGUCUUCACAUCAAAGAACAUGAGGUCACUGUCGGCGAGUAACUACCUCGCGGCUCUGUCACUAUCGGAUCUCAUGACGCUUAUAUUCUUUGUCUUCAUUCAGUGGUUGCAGAGAGGAUUAAAACUGUUACCCGGGCAUGUGAGGGUAGAUUUUCUGGCCGUGACCGGCGUCUGUCAUCUCCUCAUGUAUUUAGGCUACAUCUUCCGCUUCCUGUCGGCGUGGUUGGUCGUCAUCUUUACCGUGGAACGUUACAUCGGCGUUUGCCAUCCCCUCAGACGGCGGAGUAUCUCCACGGCCAGUAGCCGGAAAAUUAUCCUGUGCCUAGUUUUGGUAUCAGCCGUUCUUCUAAUCUACAAGCCCAUCCUGAGCGGUCCGAUCGAGAUGGUCGGCGAAAAGCAUUGCGUGAGCUUACCCGAGCACAAAAAAGUCUCCGAGAUUCUCGACAGCAUCUAUGGCGUCCUCAUCACACUUGUGCCCUUCAUCCUCAUAACCGCCCUCAACCUGUUAAUCAUCCGCAAACUAGUGCAGCGGAACCGUCGCCAGAGGGAGUGCAGCGUGAUGACAGAGGAGAGCAUCAUCCGCCUGGAGUUCACUCUCAUCCUCCUUGCCAUCUCCCUCUGCUUCAUCGCCUUUAAUCUGCCUUACUUCACGUUCUGGAUUCAGACCGUCUUCGAAAGCAAGACUCAGAAAAGUGCCUACGACUUGACGAGCAAGUCUCACACCACGGGAGUGCUGUACAUCGUCAGAGCUAUCUUCUACAUGAACUACUGUGUGAAUUUCUUCCUGUACAGUAUAACAGGAGCUUACUUCCGGCGCGAAGUGAAGAUGAUUUUCCGAUACAAGAUGGGUCAAGGUGGAGGGUAUUCCAAGUGUUCCAAAGCCCAUUACCAGAAUUCCCAAACAAACCAAACAUGGACGUCUGAUGCCCAUCAACAGCCAGGUCGCACGUGCAAUGAUAUACCACUGAUGCAGCUAAGGAAAACGUAACUGACGUGAGAUGUCGCCGAAGCUUCUUCCACCAUCCCCGAAUCGAUCUCCUGUCGAACUUUUAUCACCACAGACGCCAAUUAAGGUCAUCCGUAUCAGCACGGCCUUGUAAUGUGU